UUUUUACUUUUUCUUCUCCGAUAUUCUUUCUUACCAUGUCUAUAACCGUGGAUGUCGAGUUUUCCGGUGGCCUCGAGCUGAUCAUGAAGGACAAGGUCAGGCAGGCCACCGUGUCCUUGCCGGCCACAGCCGAUGGUAAGCCGACGACCGUGCGCCAGGUGAUUCUGUAUGUGCGCGACAACCUGGUUGCCGACAAGCCGCAGCUAUUUUCGACCGAAAACACCGUGCGGCCCGGCGUCCUGGUCAUGAUCAACGACAGCGACUGGGAGGUCGAGGGCGAGAAUGACUACCAGGUGCAGGACAAGGACAAGGUUCUUUUCAUUUCGACUAUGCAUGGCGGAUAGACGACAAUAUAGGAAAUGCAUCUUUUAAAUGGCAAUGUUUUCUAAAUGGUGACCGGGUCAGAGCAUGGCUAGUGUGUGUGCAUGUGUUACGUAGCUUGGACUGACGUGCUGUUAAGCAACACGCAGGCUGGUAAAUGGAGUACAGUGGAAUAUG